CUUCUUCUGAGGGGGAGGAGAGUAGCUCACUCUCCCUAGAGGGCCUGGGAAAGAUCAGCUUACAGGUUCCAGCAUGGGGUGGGACCCUUCCUCCUUCCCCCAUCUUGGCCCUGGCACUUGGUCUGGUGACCACCAUCUCGCAUUAGCCCACAGUUGGGUCAGAAAACGUUACAGAACCCCUCUCUCCCCCACCCGAAACAGACUCAGCCCUUGCACUGACCUGGCUUCUGAUUGGAGGCUGGUCGCUUGGGAUAAUGACCUCCAGGACCCCACUAUUGGUUACAGCCUGUUUGUAUUAUUCUUACGGCAACUCAAGACACCUGCAGAGGGGUGUGAGAAAAAGUAAAAGACCAGUAUUUUCACAUCCACAGGUACCAGAAAGGCAGAAGACUGACAAUCGCCACCUGAGUGGGCCCAGGGCUGGCAUCUGCCCAUGUUGCCGUCUGGAUGGGCUGCUUGCCACAAUGAGGGAUCUUCUUCAAUACAUUGGUUGCUUCUUUGCCUUUUUCUCUACUGGGUUUUUGAUUGUGGCCACCUGGACUGACUGUUGGAUGGUGAAUGCUGAUGACUCUCUGGAGGUGAGCACAAAGUGCCGAGGCCUCUGGUGGGAAUGUGUCACAAAUGCUUUUGAUGGGAUUCGCACCUGUGAUGAGUACGACUCUAUACUCGCGGAACAUCCAUUGAAGCUGGUGCUAACUCGAGCGUUGAUGAUUACUGCAGACGUUCUAGCUGGGUUUGGAUUUCUCACCCUGCUCCUUGGUCUUGACUGCGUGAAAUUCCUUCCUGAUGAACCCUACGUGAAAGUCCGCCUCUGCUUUGUUGCUGGAACCACGCUACUGAUAGCAGGUGCCCCAGGAAUCAUUGGCUCUGUGUGGUAUGCUGUUGAUGUUUAUGUGGAACGUUCUUCUCUGGUUUUGCACAAUAUAUUUCUUGGUAUCCAAUAUAAAUUUGGUUGGUCCUGUUGGCUUGGAAUGGCUGGGUCUCUGGGUUGCUUUUUGGCUGGAGCGGUUCUCACCUGCUGCUUAUGCCUUUUUAAAGAUGUUGGACCUGAGAGAAACUAUCCUUAUUCCUUGAGGGAAGCCUAUUCAGCCACGGGUGUUUCUCUGGCCAAGUCAUAUGCAGCCCCUCGAACAGAGACAGCCAAAAUGUAUGCUGUAGACACAAGGGUGUAAAAUGCACAUCUCAUGCUGUGCUUAUAUAUGAUUUAAUCAAUCAAUAUGGUUACAUUAAUAAAAUAGAAAGUCAAUCUAGGAACAGUUAUUUAGAAUUCAUAUUCAACUAAAUUAAUUGUUGGUUAAUCAAAAUAUUUGAUUCUCUGCUACUUUUACUUUCUAUUACUCUCAUAUCUUUCCCUCAUUCUCUCUGCUGACCUUCCUCCUUACGCACACACUUUCCCUUAAGAUUAGUCUGCUAGGAUGUAGAAAUGUUUGUUUGUGAUUUCCACAUAGCUAUUACAGAUUAUGACAUGGUAAUAUUAAAAUGAAAUGAUACUUAAAUAGAAAGCAGUCUCAAAAGAGGCCAGGAACCCUAAUCUUUGAAAAGAUGUACAAACUUACCUUUCUCGCUGGCUUUUGGUUCACCUUUCAUAUUUUUAACAAGUGGGUGAAUUAUUUGAUAAAUUUGAGGAAGAUUGUUCUUUUAAAUUCAAACUAGUAUAUCAAUGCCUACCGUUACUCUUAUUGUAACAAAACAGAAAAAGAAAAUAACUUUGUGUACCAGACACUGAUGAGAGUUAACGACAAGAUCCCUCCUCCUACCCACUCUAAAUGUCAAAGGCAAAGGCUAAAUUAAUAUUGGAGCUCCUGAUGAAUUUCUACCUCAUUAACAACCUAAGGGAUCUGUGUAUUAUUUCACCACUAUUCUAGCAUUGCCUAUAUAUUGUCAUAUUAUUAGACUACAGAAGUAAUAGCUCAACCAGAGAAUUUACUCAUUUAUUGAUCAAACAUCCAAGUACUAUUGUAAUGUCGUAUGUUAGAAUUCACCAAUGCAAGUGCCUACGUGUCACUGAAUCAUCAGCACCAAGCAAUGUAUUACACAUAUGGCAAAAUUUAACAGAUGUAUGUUGAUUUAAAUAAAUAAAGUUUCAUAACUCUACUGAAAAGUCAAUGUUCCUCAUAAAAUGUAGGAAUACAGAAUUAUAUAUAUAUAUAAAGAACUGGCUAAUGGAAUUCCAUUCAUAUUCAUAAUGUAAUCAUCUUGAACUUUUUAAAUUGUAGAGUUUUUUUUUAAAGGUUAUAAAAUUUAAUCUCCAGUUUUCUAAUUACUUGUCAUUAACAUUAAUGACACUAAUACCUUUAAGGUACCCUUGUACUACCUUAAAAGACUAUCUGCUGAACUAGAAGUUAGUUCUUUGAAAGAACAGAAAUUAAGUUGUGAAUUUCUAAACAUGUGGAAAUAAGUGUUUCCAAUUUAAAGAGCAAGGAAUAAUGUCAAAAUUAGCUUAUGAUUCCUAGCACAUGGAUUAACAUUUCGAGAAUGUUGUUUAUUACUUCCCACAGUAUCUUCAGCAGUAUUCUCUGAAGCAAUUCCAAUCCAGUUGGAGAAUUAACAGCAAUAGAUUUAACUUUAUCUCAUUUUUAUUAUUAACUGUGUAAUUGAUGUUAAAAAUAUUUGUAAAUCAUAUGCACUAGUUAUUUGAUUAUUAUUCUAUGUUCUAUGCAUUUAAAAAAUAAUUUUGUGUUU